CUGACACGUCGUACGAGGGCAACAGCUGUUAUAACCUGUUUCCCAACUCGGACAAUAACGAAGCAGGUCCAUUUCUUGCAGAGAGAUUCGUCGAACCGCACAAUAUGCAGGAACAGGAUAUUCCGAUCGACAUUAAUGCCGGGAAGUUACUGGAUUGGCUGCUUAAUCGAAGGCACUGCAAGAAGGAUUGGCACGCAAACAUUUUGACCAUCAGGCAGAAAAUUAAUAAUGCGAUACAGGAUAUGCCUGCUCACGAUGGCAUCGCCUCAUUGUUGUCCGGCGCCUAUAUAAAUUAUUUUUACUGCGUGAAGAUUGUGGAAAUCUUGAAAGAAACGGAAGCGGAUACGAAAAAUUUAUUUGGACGUUAUGGCUCGCAAAGGAUGAAAGACUGGCAGGAGAUUUUGCGGCUGUAUGAAAAGGACAACAUAUACCUUGCCGAAGCCGCGCAAAUGCUCAUGAGAAAUGUCAAUUACGAGGUUCCCAGUAUUAAAAAGCAGAUACAGAAGUUGGAACAGUCGUUAACUGAAUUGGAAAAGAAAGAGACGGAAUAUAAAAAGUCGGAAAAUAUCGCGCAUACGGAGUACAGCGCGCUGUGCAAACAAUUAGGCAUAACUGGAUACAGUACAGCCAGGCGCGAGUUAAUGGACAAGGUGAGAGAGUUGCCGGAAAUUUAUCAGAGAGUAGCGGAGAAAACGAAGAGUUUGGACAAGGUGGUGGAGUUUUACAGCGCAUUUGUUGAAUUUACUUUUGGCCAGCAAUACGACAACGAUUGCGUGUCGGUGAUUAAAUAUAUCAUAGAGAAGGGGAACACGACGAUGUUCGAAUACACUUAUGGAGAAGUGCCAGUAUCGAUAAUUGAGCCGCCAUUGAAUAUUAAAGCGGAUGAAGAUGAAAGUAAUGGGGGGCCUGGUAUGGACGCCAAUGCUAUUGAUUUCGGCGACUUGGAUCUGGAUGGAGAGAUUGAUUUUGGUGAAGAAGUUGAUUUGAACACAGGAGGCGAUAUUGACUGGGGUGACGAAAAUUUGGAGCAACCUACCGCGGGAGAAAUAAAUUAUAAUAUUUCUUUGGAAGAAUCGGGUAUAGUUGUGGAAGCAGCAGGUCACGAAGGUGGAGUGGCCACGGGGUCUGAGGCAUACAUGAUAUUAGACAAUCCAACAACGAGAUCCGAAUUUAUCAAUCAGCUGUUUGAGCUGGAAGCAUUUAUGAAGCUACGACUGUACGAAUUCAAAGGCGACGAUAGGGAUAAUCUUCUUAGCUUUAGUCAGAUGCAGGACGCUUCGUCUGUUCUGCAACUUUCUACGAUAGAGACCACUCAGAACAUGCUGGAUAACGUUCAAGUUAUCCUCUCUGAGAUAUUGCACAACAAUGUCCAGCAUUUACAUAACAUCAAACAUUAUCCAAGGUACGUGGACGUAGUAACUGUUACUUUAAAGCAAAAGUUAAACCUGAUCGAUAGAAUGGUAACUCAACAAAAAUCUGUGCGACAAAAGCAAGAUGACACGCAGAAUCAAAUUGAUAAGUUGCGACCUCUAUUAAAACUCGUCAUACAAAGAACUAAAGAACUACAAACAGAGAUAGAGCAAGAUAUUUCCAAGAAGUACAAGAAUAGGACGGUAUAUUUAAGCGGAGGUGUAAAUAUGUUGUAGCUGUCAAACAUUCGAAAAGAAAAAAAAAUCGUUGAACUGUGUCAAAUGUAAAUAAUAUCUAUGCUAAGAUAAUACAAUUUUGCUAUCGUGUA